CAGAUUAUUCUGUCCCUGCGAUCCUAUUUACGAGCCGACUCGGGAAUAACUCGUAUUUUGAUGUCUUUGUUAUUUUUUUGCGGCCAAAGGUCUGAAUAAUUUGGUAAACGCAGUUUCUUCGGAGAAGUUAAUGACGUUGCCCAGGUCAAUAAUAUAGUAACAGCUUUUACACCUAUGUCAGUCAUAGUUGUUAUGACAGUAAGGCAUUUGCUUUCGGUUUUUAGUUUUAUUCUAAGUAGUGGUCAGAAGUCGCAUUCUGAUAUGGACUAUUCCAUAAUAUUGUGAGUUUGGAAGGCAGAACCCUUGACCAAAGCGCGUGUCCUCUGUCGCGAUGACGCCAGCAGGUCUUGUUCGAGGUGACGUUUCGAGCAGACUCAAAGACGGUGACGUCAUCGCCAGGAACGGCAUUGAGGACAUACUCGUCGGAGCCGUUCCCAGGAACAGAAGACGGUUGUCGCAGGACAAUGCCCAAACCAAUAAAGAGAAUAACAGGAGAUCAGUGUUAAAUAACAUCCACAGAGUCAAGCCUCGGAACAUCACAGAGGAUGAUGGUCAAGAUGAUGUGAGAGUAGAUUCCACAGACUUCUACCUAGACAAAGGCAUGACCGAAUCUUCCCAAGGAUUCACUAUGUUCAGUAAUGGCAGGUUUUUCGGGACGACGAGUGGCAUUGACUGUAUGGGGCGCUCAGGGUCAAACAUCUUACAGAAGAGUGUUAUGUCUGAUGUUCUAGGCCACGGUGUGACUUCCCGCCGAACUAGGAACUCUAAUACCCGUAAUGAACACAGUAGACAGUUGUUCUAUUCCAACGACAAAACUAACAACAGAUGCGUAGUUCAGAACAGACGCUUUGAACAAGUCACGACAUUUUCAGUUUCGCCUCAUCUUCAAAUGGCCGUGGAGGUCGCGAAAUCAUUGGAAAUUGAGACCCACCCCUUUCUGUACAGUGGGUAUCGGAGAUCGCCCAGUCCAGGCUACAAUACUCCCGAAUCUCCCAGAUCCGAUACGUUGAAUGACGAUCUUAAAACAGAAUUAUCAAACGAAUACUUACUUUCUCCAAGACGUAAUUUAACCAUCGAUAAUCUUUCCAUUCAACAAACUCACUCCAAAGUUCGACCAGUUUCAUCUAAUUCAAAUAACAGGCAAGUGCCCCAACCGACGCAAACAAAUGUUGCAACUAGCAAUUCUAUUCUGAGAACUCGACAUUUGAGCGAUUCUGAACAUGACAAAAAAGAUCGCCUUAAUCAAUCACGCCAUCGGGGAACAGGUAGGAAAACGAGAUCGAUACACGCUUGGAUGUCAGCCUCGAGUUCAGCAAUCCCAGAAGAACCCGAGGGCCCAUUUGGAGAAAACAAGACUCUAAACUCACCACACACCCAACUCAAAGAAUUCGACGAUGAAGAUGAAGCCGAUUCUGUCUUCUUUUCAGACAACAAUAUUUUUCAUACUGAUGCUGAUAAAACUCUGAGCCCUUCUGGAUCGAGUUCUCCAGCAAGUGAUUGUCUCCCGAACAUUGACACUCACAAAGAUACCAACCGCCCUAAUCACGAGGCUAAGAACGCGAAUACUCUUACAGUGACUCCGUUUCUGAAAAGUAUACCGCCGGGACCAAAGAUGACAACUAAAAUAAAUGUGAGUCCUGCUUCGACGAAUUCGCUACAGAGAGAAAGCGCUCUAAAUUCAAAUACGUCGUCUGCUUUUGAAUCAAAACCCAUCAUAGAAAAACCCAAGACUCAGAAAAUGCCUGCCAAGUGUGGAGACAUGGGUAUUGAUACGUCAAAGAUUGACGAUUUUCCGGAGCAUCUCGAUUCCUAUUCAGAAACUCUCCCGCUGAAGCACCGUCGUCCCUCAAUGUGGAACAAACUCCGAGACCUCAGUCCACUGUCUCUCUUAGACCGUGUCAUGACGCCAACGGAGAGAACGAUUACGUCAUCACCAGGCUACACUAAAGCUGCAUCAUCCAGUAAGAUGAGCACUGCUUCCAGUGACGUCAGGAGGUCUGACAGCAAACACGAGAGAUGUCCCAACUGUGGAGAAAUGUUGCAGAGAGCCAAACCCACCCUCGUUGCGGUUAAGGGUAACGAGAAGACGUUUCUCUCUUGGAUUUUAAACAAAUGGGGCAAGAGGAAAGAAUUGCAGUCGUUCGGAGCCACGUCACAGCACCGAGGAUACCUCCCCCACUAUUGUAACUUCGUUAAGACCAAGACCCUCCAUGACCGCAGCAGCAGCCCUGCACUCAUCACAACCGAUGAUGAUGAUGACGUCGACGACGGCUAUAUCACCAACACGGAGCAGACUCCCAGCGAAAAAACGACGAGUGGCCGACGCAAGCCCCGACCUGUGAUCACAAAGAACAAAGAUGACGCUACAGGAGGGAAGGAGGGCGGGAUUAUCCGGGCCAUGUCUCCUGGCUCUACCGGCUACGACCCCAGCACCUUGUUUGACCGCCUAAGAGAGGAAGGGUUAGCAGCCCGACAACCGAUACAGAUCCCGACAACAGCUGACGUCACCAAAGACCAGGAUGUCACGGACACAGAACGGACUAAGACUGAGGAUAUUGAUACAAGCGACCAGAAGACUGCCAGUUUCUAUGACUUCGGAGACUUAACUGCAUCAACUGUGCGGGAAGAGACUAUGUUCAAGGCUCCUGUGAUUCCUUCCUAUCUAAACGAUCGUAUGGUUCUUUCUCUGCAGUCGAGUCGUUUUGAAUUACCGAUGGAUAUGAAGUCUUUGGAAAAGAUGACCCCCCAAGAGUACCUUCGGAAGCACUGUAUCAUCACUACCAGGAGGAGAACUUUGUACCAGAAGAUAUUCCAGAAACAUCGAGACAAAGACGGAAGCAUACAUGGCAAACAUGUGUUGUGUAAAGCCUUGAAGGAAGUGUUAGUGAACACUAUCAGCACAGACCAGGUGGAUGACAUGUGCCGCAUGUUGGAGGUGAACGAGACAACGUCUGUGGACAUCAAGCUCUUCUCGGGGGUCGCGGCUUUGGCCGAGAGAAUCCUCUACCCAGAUUUUCU